UAUAUAAGAUGGAUUUCGAGAUGCUAGAAACCAGUAUGAUUAAAUUUGCGAAACUUGAAUGGUUAACAUCGUACGAUAUAAAAGAUCUCCAUCUUGGCAACUCUGAAUAAAUAAAAUGUCAAAGGUAACAUGUAUAAUUCAACUGCUUUUUAUCACAAUCGUAGCGGUCUCCGUCCAAGAUGUUACAUGUUGGGAUCCAUAUUCAGAUGAAUCAUUGCUAUUUGGUUGUCACAUUAAGAAAGAAAGCAAAGUCGCCUUAAACCUGAACUCGUUCGAACCGAAGUUGGAAAUAAAAGUUGAAUGCAAAGAAGGGAUCGAAUUUACUACUUUCAUGUGUCUACAGUUUUGCUACGAUCCAGUCAAUCAAAAUUCUCCCAGAUCGAUUCCAGGCAAAGUCCUCAGAAACAAAGAUUUGUUUGAGCAAAAAACGUUUAAUACAACGACUCAUAAACAAAGAAGAAUAAAAGUUACCUAUGGAUGUAGAUGUGUGUUGGAAGAUAAAUAGGCUUUUAAAGACCAACAUACAAUGUCCAAUAAUACUUCGCUAUUUCUGCUGUCCUAUUUAUUUAUUUAUUGCAACAUUAUUUAAUUUAUUAUCGUAUUUAUAACAUUUGCCAACUACAUUAUUUAC